AUGGGUGGUGGUGAGGGGAAGUGCAUGUAUAUCGACACAGAGGGUACCUUCCGUCCCGUUCGUCUCCUGGCCGUAGCGAACCGCUUCGGGCUGUCCGGAGAAGAGGUUCUGGAUAAUGUUGCGUAUGCGCGAGCAUACAACUCAGACCAUCAGCUUCAGCUAUUGAACCAGGCAGCUUCUAUGAUGUGCGAAACCCGGUUCUCGCUGCUAAUUGUCGACAGCGCCACUGCUCUUUAUAGAACUGAUUUUCUGGGCCGAGGUGAAUUGUCGUCGCGGCAGACUCACCUCGCUAAAUUCAUGCGGACGCUGCAAAGGCUUGCGGACGAGUUUGGCAUUGCUGUGGUCAUCACUAAUCAGGUUGUUGCGCAAGUGGACGGUGGUCCGAGUGCCAUGUUCAAUCCUGACCCAAAGAAACCCAUUGGCGGCAACAUCAUUGCUCACGCAAGCACGACUCGUAUAAGUCUCAAGAAGGCACCCAAGGAUGUUGACAAGGAGUGA